GGUAUGCGCAUGCUCAGACUAACGGAAGAAGACGCUGCGGAUCGGGUAGGCGGAUCGGGCAGGCUCGUUUCUCGAGCACGGACAGGCUCUGUUGAGGAUUGACAGACAGUAGCCCGCUUCGCUUCUCUCCCGGUGCAGUUAGCCCUCUGUGUCCCCGCUCCCUUUGAAUGGUGCAACGGCUCUUUUCUGGGAUGCGAUCAUCGUAAAAGCCGAGCGGUUGAAAGAAAGCCAACGCACGUUGCCAGGGGACCUAAUACGGUGAGUGAGAGAGAGCCAGGAGCAGUGUGACGCAGUCAUGGAGCCCCACAGACAGAGGGCACUCUCCACGUCAGGAGAAUCACUGUAUGCUGUGCUCGGAGUGGACAAGAAUGCCACCCCUGAAGACAUCAAGAAGUGCUACCGAAAGUUGGCAUUGAAGUUUCACCCAGACAAGAACCCUGACAACCCCGAGGCAGCAGACAAGUUUAAAGAGAUCAACAAUGCCCACUCCAUCCUGUCAGACGCCACCAAGAAGAACAUCUACGACAAGUACGGCUCCUUGGGGCUGUACGUGGCUGAGCAGUUUGGAGAGGAGAACGUCAACACCUACUUUGUCCUGUCCAGCUGGUGGGCCAAGGGCUUGUUUCUGUUCUGCUGCCUGGCCACAGGCUGCUACUGCUGCUGCUGCCUGUGCUGCUGCUGUAACUGCUGCUGUGGGAAGUGUAAACCACGGCCGCCCAUGGAGCAGGAGCCCGACUUCUACGUGUCCCCCGAGGACCUGGAGGCACAGAUGGCAGCCGACGAGAGAGACGGGGACCCUAUAGUGAUGCAGCCAUCCUCAGCCACAGAAACCACUCAGCUCACCUCGGACGCCCACCAAAGCUACCGAACCGACGGUUACUAACACCUAUGGGCACCAGACCACCACCUCCGGGUACCCGAUCACCCUGGGUUACCCGACCACCCUGGGUAUCCGAGCCUCUACAACCACAUGGGACACAGCUACUGAAGGAAGCAUUAAAGUCUGAGGGACCAUGAUCCAAUUUUUAGCACCCCGUUUUAAUUUAACUGAAGCCAUUCACUUCUUCACACACCAGCAAUCACACACGCACAUACCUGGGUAGUUAUUUGAAUUUUAGGUUAAGAGGAGAAAGAAAAAAAGCAAUUAGUGUUGUAAUUUAGCUUGAUAUUUUAUGUAUUGAGUGUGUUAUAACAUUUUUGGUGCAUUUUUCAUGUAACAAUGUAAAAUCUGUUUUUCCCCAGUCCUGAUAUAUUGUAUAAACAAAAUUAGACCGCUGUGUGCUGUCUGCAUCAAAAUUUUUAUAGCAUCUUAUGGUGUGCUGUUAGCAUGCUAGUUGUUGUUAGCGUUACCAUGGCAACAACUUUGCUCUGACCUCUGUGGUGAAUAAUUAUGUACUAGGAAUGAUGCAAGUGUUAGGAAUGUGAAGAAUAAGUUUGGAGACAAACUGUUUAAAAAUGAACUAGUUCUGUUUUUUUUACAUUUACAGCACCUUUAACAGCACAGUGUUGUAGGUCACUUUAUACAAGUGAUUUCCAAAUCCAAAUGAAGUCCAGUGUUUAAAUAGCAUCUGUUAGUGUCAUGUUGGCAGUAGUCUUGCUGUUGUUAUGACAUUUCAAAAGACUUCACUUCAUACUGUUGCCAGAAGAGGGCAUGAAAACCCCUGCCAAUUUUUAUUUACUUUUCUUCAUAGUUAUAAAAUGAAUUUAAAGUUGACAAAGCAAAAUAUGUCCUCUCUAACAGCCAAUGAUAACAGCCGUUUUUGUGCUGUAUCUGUCCAAUAGUGUUUUUUGAUAGAAGACCUGUGUAGCCCCAUUUCCAAAUUAUCUGAGGAGCGCUUGAAUGCAUCAUGAGCUCGCUGCGUCUCAGUGGUAGUUCCCAUGUGAAGACAGGAAUGGGGUCAGUCAUUUGCAUGUAAAGUACAUAGGACCUGGCUCUCCCCGCAGCCCUGAGGCCCCUCGCAGUAAUGAUUAAAGAUCACAGUUCAAGUGCUGCUUCAUGCCAGAUCCUUCACAUGUUUGCGUACUUCUCACUCAGCUAGGCCGUGAUGAAUUGGAUUUGUCUAGACUGCAAAGGUUGGUGUAUACAUAUAAGUUCUAAGAUAAAUCAGUUCAAUUUAGUUUCAGUGUUUUAUAUAGCGCUGCACUAUCAAAAUUCAAAAGUUUGGGUGUCAUUUUUCAUUUGAUGUUUUUACAGGUUGUAGGUUCUUACUGAAGGCAUCAAAACUAUGAAUGUAGUAAAAAAAACUCAAAGAUUCUUCAAAAUAACCUUGACCCUUUGGAUUGAUCACUGCUUUGCACAGUGAACAAGGCACUCCUGUGAUGUGAAAACCAUUUCAGGAGUAGCUUCAUAUAGCCCAUUGAGAGAAGGCAGCACUGGUUUGUAGUACUGUCAAAAAAGAAAAGGGCGACUACUAGGAAUUUUGAGAAAAUUGUAAAACAUAUUUAGAAUUAUUAAGAAAAAAGUCUUUGCUGCAUAAUUCCAAAAAUCUUGCUUUACGUAUUUGGCUUCUUCAGUAUGUAUCUGCAAUGUGUAAUGCUGUAAACACACACACACACACACACACACACACACAAAAAACCAAAACAUCCAACCAAAUCAUCCAAUGACUCAGUUUUGGAUUUAUUCAAUUUUGACUAAUUGUUUGAAACCUUUGCUGUACUAAAGUUCUAUGUUCCAUUAGAUGCAUUAAGAGUGCCAACAUCACGCCAAUACUGAACCUUGCAAACAUGUCAGAAAAUUGUUUUUGAAUGCACUGCCAAUAUUUUUUAGCUUGACUUAUUUAUGUUGCCAUUCUUUAAACACUCACGAAACCCAAAUGAAUGACCCUGUAUUUCAACGGGAGCAGACCCUCUUGUAUGCAAGCAUGUAGUCGGCUGCUGUGACUUUUGAAAUCAAGAUGUUUUUUUGUUUUUAUUCCUAGCUGGUUUGAAAACUUAAUGUCAUACUGUUUACUAGGGCUGAGUAAUCUGACAACCACGUCUCACUAUUUUUGUAAUUUUGUCUCAAAGUAGAUGAACAUAGAUUUUAAUAUUACUUUACUGAACAUAAACUGUAAAGACAUUUCACACAAAUAUUUCCCAAAUUUCUUCCACCAGCUCUAAGCCUUUUAAGCUAAUCAUUGAUAAUUAGAAAUGCUCAAGUCUUAAUUGUACUCCCCACUAUAAGUACCAUAAGAAUUUGCUUAAAAUCUAUAGACUGUUCAAUUGCAAAUGGUUGAACACCUUUAUUCAGACUUGAACCAUAGUUGCCAAGCCCCUUCGUUAUAGUGACUUUGAGCUUACUUUUUUGGAAAGUCGCUUACCGCUGUAGUACAUGGAACUGGCCAAUUCUCCAAGAAACUUCAGGGCCACAAAAAAAUUGGUCUGAGGGCUGUCAAAUUUAUUUUUCUGUUUGCAAAAAUGUCUAAACUUUUUCUUCUUUCUCCUCUUUUAUAGCCAAACCCACUGUCAUUCAACCACACACACUAUGCCCACAAACUAACUGAGCCCCCUUUAUUCUUGCUUGUUUUUAGUUUUUGAAUUGUUUUGUGUCGCGGUAAAGUGCUGUAAAUGUUGUGUAAACCAUAUGUUUUAGUUUUCACUGUAUUUCUGUUUGAAAAAAAUGAAUAGUUUACCAUCUUUUAUUUAUGUUUGUUGAGAAAUGUCCAAAGUCUUACAAUCAGUUCACAUACAAUCAGUUCACAUUAAACGAGGAAAUGUGGACAUGUUUUAGAUUUUUUCUUCUAUGUUUUAUGCAAAAAAUACAGUUUUGUCAAUAUUUUUUCAGUCCCAUUAUUUUAUCAAAUAUUUGUACAUAUCAUGAGAGAGUGCAAUAAGAGCUUUAACAAGUCUCUUCUAUGCCUUCCUUCACUACAUUUGAAAGAAGAAAAAAAACAUUUCUUGCAUAAAUAAAUGGUUUGGAUUUGUGAUUAAGAUUAAUUUAAUGAGACAGUUCAGUUUUGGCAGAAUUAAAAGUAUUAGAGGUGCGCCACUCCUUCAGCUAGCUAGUUCUGACCAAACCUAGUUUAAUAAAUGGGGAUAACAAAACUGAGUACUAUCCACACUUAAGGUACACUUUAUUGUCCUUGUAGGGACAUUUGUCCACUGCUUUUGACCCACGUUUCAAUGCCACUAGAGCAUCUCCUCAGGAGCAGUGAGAUCCAUGUUCGCAUACUGAGCUAGUCUUGGUCAGGACUACCUUAGCUGGAGUAUUUGACAUAUUGUGCAUGUUUUGGGUCGAUGAGGAAACCAGACUGAGGAGAAACAAGCAACCUCUACACAGAGAGGCCUGGUCAACCUGGGAGUCAAACCUAGAACCUUCUUGCUAUAAAGCGAGAGUACUAACCACUCCUCACCUCAUAUUGGGAUAGGUCACUUUGCCCUCCUGGUUCCCUCAUAAACCUAAAAUAUGCAAACUCCACACAGAGCUGCAACUAAUGAUUAUUUUUCUAACCUGGCUCCUAUUCUUUUGAUUGUUUGAUCAGUUGUUUAGGAGGUUGUGAUGUCAUUUUGAUGUGAUUCUUGUCCUAAAAGCUCUUCUCCCAGCUCAUGGCAUGGUUUUGUAGUCUGUGUACAGUCUAGAUAAUGAUUAUCAAUAAUUGAUUAGUUGGAAGCCAUAAAAAAAUACAUUUAAAAUAUACCUCAAAAAAUAUAUUGGUUGUGAUUAAUUGGUUAAUUUGUUUCAUCCCCAACUUUACAGAGCUCUGUGAACAGGACUGUCGAACUUUUGUGCUCAAAUUGUUCAAAUCAAAAUGAAUAUAAUAUUAAAACUAUUUGCAGGUAUCCAUCUAACUGGUUGGUAAUGUGUGCUUCAAAUGGAUUACCUUCUGUCCAGCAACUUCUGUUGCCAGUAUUAUUACUCUUAAACUGAACUGUCCCUUCAAAAGUUUGUCUUCUUUCUUUCCAUCUCAACACACAUCUUCCGCCCUAUUGUUGAUGUCACAGUGUCAAAUCCAAAUCUCAUUUUUUUACUCUAUGAUUUCUCUGUAUUGACCAAACGUGAAUGAAUGCAGCGUGGAAUACAAGACUGGACUGGACAAGUGCUACUAUUCUAGGAUCUAAAACGCUGACAAUAAUUAAAUACAAAAUGAUGUAUGUGUGAAUAUAGCAACCAGAUGAUAUUCAAGCAUUAUUUUAUUUAUUUUCUUAUCUUUUUAUUGAUUGAAAAUUAGAUUGUUGAGCAGGAGGAUAGGAGUGCCGUAAAGGGCAGUAAAUACUAGUUUUUUGUCUUUAGCAUGGACUGUGUCGCGUCUGUCACAAGGGCGCAUGGAUAAAUGAAUAUCUGAUGUUGUAAAAUAAAUGUUUCUCAUUCUUCAA